CCGGCGGCGGGAGGAGCGGUAGCGGCCAGGCAGCCCAGCUUCGCGAAGGCUCUCGGCGCGCGGCGGCCCGCAGGCACCCGGCACGCGCCCACCCCGCCGCCACGAUGCCCAAGAGGAAGGUCAGCUCCGCCAAGGGGGCGGAGAAGGAGGAGCCCAAGAGGAGGUCGGCGAGGUUGUCAGCUAAACCUGCUCCUGCAAAAGUGGAAGCGAAGCCAAAAAAGGCGGCGGGAAAGGAGAAAUCUUCAGACAAAAAAGUGCAAACAAAGGGGAAAAGGGGAGCAAAGGGAAAACAGGCUGAAGUGGCUAACCAAGAAACAAAAGAAGACUUACCUGCAGAAAACGGAGAAACUAAAAACGAGGAGAGUCCAGCCUCUGAUGAAGCAGGAGAGAAAGAAGCCAAGUCUGAUUAGUAUCAUACCCCAUGUCUUACCAGUGGUCCCUGUCUCCCUUCUCGUACAAUCCAGAGGAAUAUUUUUAUCAACUAUUUUGUAAAUGCAAGUUUUUUAGUAGCUCUAGAAACAUUUUUAAGAAGGAGGGAAUCCCACCUCAUCCCAUUUUUUAAGUGUAAAUGCUUUUUUUUAAGAGGUGAAAUCAUUUGCUGGUUGUUUAUUUUUUGGUACAACCAGAAAAUAGUGGGAUAUUGAAUAUGGGAGGCUUUGAUCGUCUUGGGUGUCAGCUUAACAUUCCAUAGAUGGGGUAGUUUUUAUAUCCUAUAAUACCAAGCAUACUAAAUGGCAA